GGCGGGUGGGCCGCGGGGGGCCGCGCCGCGCCACGGUGGGCGGGAAGGGCGGGCGUCUGGGGCCGAGCCAUGUGCACAUCCAGGCUCUUCACCCUCGUCCUGGUGGUGCAGCCGCCCCGCGUCCUCCUGGGCAUGAAGAAGCGCGGGUUUGGAGCCGGGCUGUGGAACGGCUUCGGGGGCAAGGUGCAGCCGGGGGAGAGCAUCGAGGAGGCUGCUCGCAGGGAGCUCCUAGAGGAGAGCGGACUGACUGUGGACACCUUGCAGAAGAUGGGGCAGAUCACGUUUGAAUUUGUAGGCAACUCUGAACUCAUGGAAGUGCACGUUUUCCGAGCAGAUCAUUUUCAUGGAGAGCCAACAGAAAGCGAUGAAAUGCGUCCGCAGUGGUUUCAGCUGGACGAGGUGCCGUUCAAUCACAUGUGGGCAGAUGAUAUCUAUUGGUUUCCCCUGCUGCUUCAGAAAAAGUUGUUUCGUGGCUAUUUUAAGUUCCAGGGACAAGACACUAUCCUGGAGCAUACCCUGAAAGAAGUGGAGGAAAUUUAAGAAAAUGGAAGCAUUUAACCCAUGUGCUGCUGCCCACAUUGGGCUCAAACACCAUGAGUACUACUUGGAAGGGUUUCCUUUCUCAACUCUCCAGCAAAGGAGACUUAUUUGCCAAGUCACUGGAAAGUAAAGAAAAUAAGGGGGUUUCUUAGAGCAGAAAUAAAAGUACCGAGAUGGCCCUGGCUGUGGUGUACCUCAGCGGCUCACAAUUAUUAGAAAUUUAGUGUUAACCUUUUUCCUUGCAGGUGGCUCAUUUUUUUUUAGGCUUUUCCCUCAUGGCUGGAAGUGUUUUUAAAAGAUUAAAGAUAUUUUUUAGUAAAAGCA